AUGGUUCGACUCCACAUCAAUGCCCACAACUCCAUCACCAAGCAGGAGUUCAUGCAGAUUGUCAACGCUGUUUCGCUUUGUUGUGCAGCACAACUUCAUCGAGCUGUACCACUUCUACCUUCAGGACAAGGUUACGUGGGAACACCUGGAGGAGCAUCCAUCUCAACGGCCAGAAGUGAGAACAGAGACGAAGGUGAUCGACUGUUUGACUUCGGCAAGUACAAGGGACGAAGCUUCAGAUCGGUCUACGACAACGAACCUUCUUAUGUGAACUGGACGUUGGACGAGAUGCAGAAGGGCGAAGGCUACUGCAAGGGCAUGAGAAGAUGGCAGGAGUACAUCAAUGUGAAGAGAGCAGAAGAGGAGUCGAAUCCACCGAGAACACCAACAGCCUAUAUGGUCGUCGAUGUCGAGGAGAUUGAUGAGAAUGACGAUGUGGCAAUGUGGGUCAACACAGAGGACGAGGAAGCGACCUACAUGUUCCUUGACUCAGGUUGCAACCAGACCUGUCAUGGGGAGCUGUGGAUGAAGAGGUUCAGCAAUGUGACAAAACAUCAUCCACAAUGGCUACAUCGACAGACAACCGAGCUCAACGGCAUCGGAGGACGAUCGAGGACGCUGGGAGAAAGACUUCUCUAUGUCAUGCUGGAGAACAACAAUGGAGAAGGAGUUCCAGGAGAAGUCACCAGCAUGGAAAUCGAGGGAUCGAAAGCACCAAUGCUUUUGAGCCUUCCUUCACAAGAGGCUCUUGGAUUGGUCGUUGACUUCGAAGAUUCGACCAUCUACAGCAAGUUGUUGAACAUGACCUUCAAGGCAGUUCGAGGCAAAAGGAAUCGCCUUUUGGGCCUCAAGAUCACCCCAGCCGAGUUCGCGGAGAUGAAUGUGGCACCGGUUGAAACCGUUGCACUGAUGGCUGAGUCGAGUGAGGGCUCUGACAAGAAGCCACCAUGGAGGACUUCGGAUGAGGGAGAUCAGAGAGGAGUGCCCAAGGCCAGAGCAGCACCCAGCGAGAUGCUGACCAGAAUUGCACCGGAUGGACAACGCUACACAUCUGAGGUGCGAGUAGUUCCAACUCGAGCAGCAUCAUCUUCAGCAAGACCAUCUGAGGAGAACACCGACAAGGAGGAUGAUGACGUGUGGGUUGAGGUCGAAGAAGAGGAGGAAUCACAACCCGCUGGGACGACACAGAAUGAGACAUGGGAUCGAGAUGAAACAGAUGACGCACCACUGGAGGAGCAGAUCUUGGAUGAGCCAGAGGAAGAAGGUCAGCCAGAAGGAGAACUAUCUCCGAAGGAGAAGGACGUUUUCCGACCAGAAGAUGAGGAGACUGACUGGUGGGACAUCCAGGACAAUGAGAUCAUCCGACACCAUGUGCAGCCACGGACUAUGCCGUUCUACCCAACAGGAAGUCGAAUGGAUUUGCCCGUCGACUUGAUGAGGCUUGCUGGACGAAGAGUGACCUACAAGCUCUUCGAGGAUGGGAACACGGAGACCGUGAAUGACAACUGGAAGGAUCGACUUCCAGGACAGUACGUCAAGGAGCGAUCGGAGGCAACAACCUUUGAGAAGGCACCUCCUGGACUUCACGUCGUCCGGAGGAUCACCUACAACAUGGAGAAUGGAGAAGAGAUCGCUGACGAGACUGAGUAUGACCUCAUGCAGGAGGGACGAGAAGAAAGACCACUACCCAACGGAGUCACCUACAUCAGGACGAGAUUCCACGUCUUCGAGGACUUUGAGGACGAGAGUCCAUGGAUUGGAACUACCACGUUCCGACUCAAGCCUUUGGAGACGGAGUUGGCCGACUAUGUCAUGGACCCCAAGGACACCAAGCGCACCAUGACCAAGGGCCAGCGGAAGCAGCUGGAACAGGAGGUUGAGAACCUAGAGGAGAAAGACAUGGCGCUUUGGUCUGUCCUGACCAGGAGAAAAGCUUUCUUGCCCAUGCGCUGGAAGAUUGUCUUCGAGCUGUUCUGCGGAUGUGCCUUGUUGACAAGGAUGUUUCAAGCAGCUGGCUAUGAAACCUGCACACCGCUGGACGUGAACAACGGGUGGAAUGUCUUCGACCCGAAGCAUCGAAGAUGGGCAGAGGACAUGCUGGAGCGUGAGAACCCGUACCUUCUCACGGUGGCAUGGCCUUGUGGACCCUGGUCACCAUGGCAGAGGAUGGCAAAAGAUCAGGAGAUCGUUCAGGAGAAGCGGAAGAAAUGGUUGCCGAUCCUAGGAUGGAUCAAGAAGAUGGUGAGGAAGCAACAGCAGAAAGGAGGAGUGACAAUGGUCGAGAACCCAUGGCCGUCAGAAGCAUGGAACACUCAGGAGAUCAUGUCACUAUCUUCGCAUCAGUAUGGACGAAGUGAGGAGGAGCAGUUCGAGGUCUUGAGGGUAGAUGCAUGCGCCUUUGGACUUCGGGACUAUGACUCCAAGCUGUUGCACAAGAAACCCACAGGUAUUGGGACAGACUCACCAGGCAUCAAGACCAUGAUGAGAGGAAUGACCUGCAGCGGAGAUCAUGAACAUGAGCCGCUGGAGGGUAACAAUUCGAGAGGAGCGAGAACGAGGCAAGCAGCAAAGUGGACUUCGAGGAUGUGCAGAAGGAUCAUCCGAGGAGUUCAGAUCGACUUGGAGAAUGCAGUCUCAACAGCAUUCGCAGGAGAGGCUAUGCAAGAGGUAAUGGAAGAGGAGCCACAUGCGCUGGAUGAGAUCUAUGGAGAAGAGGAUCUACCUUCAGCAAAGCCGACAGCCAAGGAGGCAGAGGUCGAUCUGGCAAGAGAGGAGACGUUGGAAGAUCAAGAACGACUUGAGGAGCCAGAGGCCGAGAAGAUCAGAAGGAGGAUGUGGACAAAGCUGAGCAGAAAGGAGAGGAUUGGCAUCAGAAGGUUGCAUGUCAUGACAAGUCAUGCAACACGACCACAAAUGCAAAGGAUGCUGAGGUACUCCAAUGCACCAGCCAAUGUGGUGUCAGCAGUGAAGUACUUCAAGUGUUCAGCUUGCGAGAGGCUUUCAGAAGGCCAUCAUCCCGCAGUUGUGAAAGCUCCAAAUCCCUACACCUUUGCCGAGGAUGUUGGAUUGGACGUCUUUGAGGUCAAAGAUGCUGAGGGAAACCGAUACCAAGUUCUACAUGGUGUAUGUCAUGGCACGACAUUCCAAGCGGGAGAAGUGCUUGGCAUUUCAGCUGGAGUUCCGAGCAGCCGCCUAUGCUUGGACCUUUUCACUCGAUUUUGGAUGAGCUGGGCAGGAACACCGAAAUCCAUCACUGUGGACCGAGGCACUCACAACCGAGGAGUUUUCUUCUCAGAGCUUCAGAAGCUAGGAGUUGAGGUGAGGUCUGCAGCGACACAAGCCCCAUUCCAGAUCGGGAGGACAGAGAGACAUGGAGGUAUCCUGAAGCACAUGAUCAACAAGGUCGUCAUGGCCACACAGGCAACAGGACAAUCUGAGAUGCAGCUUGUGCUCAUGCAGUGCCUGGAGACCAAGAAUCGUCAGGCAAACAUUGGAGGAUUCUCUCCGAGCCAAUGGGUACUUGGCCGGAAUCCACGAGCUGGAGGAUGGACAGAUGAGGACGAAGAGACAGUCGUGGUUCACGAUGAGGAUCCGCAAUCCACGUUCAACAGGAGGAACGUGAUGAGAGAGGCUGCAAGGAUUGCCUGGGCAGAAGAAGACAGCAGGAGGAGAGUUCAGAAGGCAUUGCUGAGGAAAGGUGGCGGAGAAGCUCAACAAUUCCGACAAGGAGAUCUGGUUGCUUUCAUGAGGAGAAAGCAAGGAGCAGUCAAGUGGUAUGGACCUGGACGAGUUCUGACACAGGAGGGCAAGAAUGUCUGGAUCAUGCAUGGAGGAGUUCCAAUUCUCACUUCAGAGACCAUGGUGAGAGCAGCAACUUCAGAGGAAUACCUCACCAAGGAGCUCAUUGGCGUGACCAAGGGCAAGAAGAGAGGCAGAGGACUACUCUACGAGGAUCCAGCACAACACCAUCAGUUGGGAUCAACUGGACAGCCGUCCUACUUGGAUCUCCGGAAGGUUGAGGACGAUGAGGAUGCAGCAGGAGCCGCACUACCCAGAGGAGGACUUGGCAACAUUGCACCUACAGAACGAGGAGGCGAUGAGGAUGAGUCACCAAAGAGGAUGAGAGCAUUGAUCAGAGAUGAGGAGAAGAAGCAAGAGGAUGAGGCAAGAUCAAUGGCAUCAAGGACAUCACCACAUGAAGUGCCUGUGCCAACAAGUCCGACUAACUGGGAGGACAACAGUCCUGGCUACAGCCCUGGAACACCCGUGGAGGAGCAAGCAACUUCAUCGACGAGGACGGUGCAGACACCAUCUCUACCACAACCACCAGCAGUUCUGACACCGCUGUCAAAGGCAAUGGCAAUUGCAGGAGGAAACCAACUUGAUGUUGGAGCAAAGAUGGCGAAGUCAAUGAGGACGCAGAGAGAGGAGACAAAGGAAGAGAGCGCAGCAGAGAGGACCAUGAACAGACCACGUUCAAGGAGUCCGCCAGAAGCUUUGAAGAAGGAGUUCACGAGCUUCAUGGCGAAGAGGUACAACAAGAAAGGAGGAGACCCCAAGAGCACUGGGGAGUUGCGCUAUGAGAGAGACCAAGGAGAUGCAACGACAGAAUGGACCAAUUGGGUCAAGUACAAAGCGACCAGAGUUCCAUCCAAGAAGGAGGUGGAGCAGAUGCUCAUGGCUGGCAUCAAGCCUGUGCCAAUGCGAUGGGUUGACGUGGACAAGCAUGCUCGACUACGAGUUGAAGGAGGACCAGAGGUGGAGCCGAAGUUGAAGAGCAGAUUGGUACUUCGAGGAGAUCUGGAAGAAGGAGACUUCAGAGUCGACUGCCCGACAGCCACGGCAACUGGAACACACCUGGUCAUCAGCUUCGCAGCAUGCACCAGGAGACGCUUGAGAGCAGGCGACAUCAGCGCCGCCUUUCUCCAAGGAAGUCCUAUCAACCGAGAGCUGCUGAUGAAGGUUCCCAACACAGGAAUUCCUGGUCCUGACGGACAAGGAUACGCAGUUGAACCUGGCAGCUACCUUGUGGCUUUGAUGUCAAUCUAUGGGAGCAAGGAUGCACCACGAGGAUUCUGGAUAGCUUUGAGAGAUGAGAUGCAAGUCCAAGGACUACGUGAGGUGGAGCCAGCACUCUAUGCUCUGACAGGAGAUCAGGGAGAACUACAUGGACUGGCAGCAACACACGUGGACGACAUCAUCUGGACGGGAGAUGAGACCAUGGACAGUGUCAUGGACAAGAUCCAAGAACGUUUCACUUUUGGCAGCAUCGAGGAGGAGAACUUUCGAUUCUGUGGCAGGCGCAUCGAGUCAAAGGAUGACUACUAUGAGAUCACUUGCCCAGAGCUGCUUAGCAAGGUGAAGCCGAUUCACAUUGAGGGACGCCGAGACCGAAGUCCUGCUGACCCAGCGAGUGCAGAGGAGCAAUCGCAGAUGAGGGCCGUCUUGGGAAGCAUCGGCUACGUCGUCAGACUUUGCAGGCCAGAGCUUUCCUACAGAUGUUCGGCGCUUCAAGGGAAGCAAGCGCGACCUCAACACCAGGAUCUUGUGAACACCAACAAGUUCUUGUCUGCAGCGCAGCGCACUACGGGCAAUGGCUUGCGCUACGUCAAGAACAAGAUCGACUUUCACAGUGCAGUGCUGCUAUCUGUGACGGAUGCGAGCUUUGGAGCCGAAGAACACACAGCUGAGGAUGGAAGGAAGAGCGGCCAUCGUUCCCAGGCCGGAAGAUUUCUUCUGUUGGCAGACAGGAUGCCGACACUCAGCACUCCAGCGAAUGUGCAUAUCCUGGAGUGGCAAUCACACACGAUUCGCCGAGUGUGUCGCUCAACUCUGCAUGCCGAAGUGAUGAGCAGCAUCGGAGGGAGUGAAGCAGGGCAGUAUGUCCGAGCACUACUCUAUAACAUGACCAACCCGAAGAAGACUGGACUACGUGAGCAGCUGGACUGGAAAGUGGCAGCGAGUGACUCUCGCACAAUCCACUGGCUGACAGACUGCAGGUCCUAUGUGGACACUAUGUCAUCAACUGGUCAAGGAGUGGUAGCUGACAAGAGGCUAGCAAUAGAUCUCACUGCUUUGCGGCAGGAUCUUUGGCGUUCUCCCGGUACAGAAUGUGGAGAACCAAAUGUACAGGAAUCCAUCCCUUUGGACUGCACGGAUCAACUUUGGUGGAUCAGCACCAAGGAUAUGAUCAGCGAUGGUCUCACCAAGCACAUGCAAUGGGACAACAUCACCAAGCUGUGCCGCACAGGUCAGUUUAUUCUGACAUCAUUGCCGAGGAGGUCCAUAUGUUCCGGUUCAGGAUCUGUAAAGAUAGACGGGUGUGAAGAUGAUCAUGAGUCCACACCAGAUCCAUGA